AUCAGUCAUUAGAGUUAGUUAUCCACAGUAAAUACUCGUAAAUAAUAUAAACUUAAAAUGAAAUAUAUGGUUGUAUUGGCUGCUCUGGUGGUGGUGGCACACUCAGCUUCGUUCCCAGCAAGCCGUUUCAAUUCGCCCCGCUUCGGUGUUCCGAGUCCACCACCACGACCCGUUCCGUCCCGUGUCGCUCCUGCGCCAGUUCGCGCCUACAGCAACGACCAGGCUGCUAACACAGUACGCGAUGACCGUGAUAUUAGCCCUGAUGGCAGCUACAACUAUGCAUUUGAGACUGAUAAUGGCAUAGCGGUUCAAGAGCAAGGUACACCUCGUGACUUCGGUGGUAACCCUCCAUUAGUCCCCGUUGUAGCUCAAGGGUCCUUCGCAUACACCGCCCCAGGAGGCGAGCCCAUCUCCAUUUCAUAUGUUGCUGAUGAGAACGGUUUCCAACCUCAGGGUGAUUCAAUUCCCACUGCUCCGCCAGUACCUGCUCAAAUCGCUAGAGCCCUGGAAUACCUCAGAAAAGCCGGAUUCAACUAAUAAAUUAAAUGUGGAGUGCAGUAAAUAUGUAUUUAAAUAAUUGUAUAAGCAUUAAAAGACUUAUUUGAUGUGAAUAAAGAGAGAACUUUUUUUUAUUAAAAUACGCA